UUCCCGACGGAUAUGAAGACCCUGGUCAUCGCUGUUGCCCUCGUGGCGUAUGUCGCUGUCAGUGUCAGCGGUGAUCCUGAAGCUGAUGCUGAGCCCAGCCGCUAUGGAGGUGACUUCGGAGGCCAUGGGCUUGUGUCCUACAGACCCGUGUACAGCAGCUACGGAUACGGACGCUGGAAGAGGAGUGCUGAGGCUGAGCCUGUAGCUGAGGCUGAGCCCGAAGCUGAUCCUUCCCGCUUCGGAUACGGCUAUGGCGGCUAUGGACACGUGUCCUACAGGCCCGUGUACAGCAGCUAUGGAUACGGACGCUGGAAGAGAAGUGCUGAGGCUGAGCCCGGAUUCAGCUUCGGUCGCGGCUUCGGAGGUCACGGUCGCUUCGGAGGCUACAGGGGCUAUGGAGGCUACGGCGGGAGCUUUGGAGGACAUGGUCGUUUCUAUGGCUAAGAAAUUUUGGUUCGAGGAAGAUUAAUAAAACUGAG